AUGCCAAACCAGAAAAAAAAGAAAGAAAUUCAAAACACACAAAUUCCUGUUUUUACUAGUGCACGCAAUUAUGUUCCAGAAAAUACUUCCGAAGACAGUGUUAUUACAAGCAUGCCAAGAUCUGAAAUCGAACAAAAACUGGAUUUUUACAGGAAAAAAGCUGCAGUACCAAAUACGGUAAAGGCUACCCAAAAUUGGACGAAGAAGUUUAAUGAAUUUCAGCAUCAUUAUAAUUAUAUCACACCAAUUGAAACUAUUGAAGAUUCUUAUUUAAUUGAGCAACAAAUAUGUGAAUUUAUUGCGCAAAUGACAAAAAAAGAUGAGGCUAUUGAUGAAAUAAAUAGAUAUAUUAGCAAAACUAGUACAAUUCGUGGUCUUAAUUUACAUGACAAGUAUCAAUUUCUGGAUUUACAUGAUAUUUUAAAUGGUAAAAUAAAAGAUUUACAGGAAAGAGGAUUUGGUGAAAAGGAAGGAUCUAUGGCUUUAACAGUGCAGCAAGUUAAAGAGAUUCUUAGUGAUAAGUUUUUAGAUUCUAAAAUACCACAAGGCUUAUUUAAAAAUAAUCAACGAGAAAUUCAAGGUGGAAAUGCACACUGUAUUCAGUUACCAUCUGAUUCAUCAAAUAUUCCUGAACCUGUUAGCGAUUUUACCAAAUAUAUUUUCAAACAUCCACUAG